AUGAAUUAGAAAAAAAUGCCAUAAGUUAAAGUUACACUCAAGAAAGUUACAAAUGGAUUUAUUGUUCAUGAUGCUGAUACUACUGUUCGAAUACCAAAAAGUAUCGUUUAAUAAACUCCUCCACAAUCAAAUACUUAGAUCAAAAAUAAGACUUAAAUUAUACCAUUAUCUUCCUAACCAUAAAUACCAUAAUAAUAAAUUCAAAUCAAUCCAACUAUUCUUUCUCCUUAACAAUCAUUCUUAUAUCCAUAAUUAAAUCCAGGAAUCCAAUCAACUAUUUAAGUAUAAUAACCUAAAUAAUCCAUUAUUUAUGCCUCUCCAUAAUCAACCUAUAAACCCAUCAUUUAAUAAACAUUAAUUAAUCAAUCACUUAUUCCUUAAAAUUUUGAAAUUCUCCCUCCUGAUCCUUUUGUUACUAAAAAAAGAUCAUUUGAUAUUAUAGUACCUUCUUGUACAUCUUGGUUUAGAAUUGAUAAAAUUCAUUCUAUUGAAAAACAAAAUUUCUAAGAAUAUUUCAAUCAAGAAAACAAAUAUAAAACACCUUUACUUUAUAAAAAACAUAGAAACUUUAUUAUUAAUUUAUAUUAUAAUACUCCUAAUAUUUACUUAACAACUACUGCUUGUAGAAGACAAUUAGCAGCUGAUGCAUGUACAAUUGUUAGAAUUCAUGGAUUUUUAAAUCAUUGGGGAAUUAUUAACUCCCAAGUCGAUUCAGAUCAAUAUUCAAAUAAAAUCUUACCUUAACCUGCUAUUCCUGAUAAUUUAUUUCAUGAAUUAUUUUAAUCUAAAAAUAAUUCACAACAAUUUUAAUUAAGUGAAUAAUAAAUUAUUGAUUCUGUUAGAGCUUUAUCACUUAAAUUAAGGUUACAAGAUAAAAUAAUAUUAGGCCUAUUUGCGACUCAUGCUAAAUGAAAUGUAAUUUAGUUUGGUACCAAUAAAAACCUAUAAAGGAUGUUAAAGAAAUUAUUCUAUGUAUUAAAUGUUAUGGAAAUAAUCAUUUUCCAAACAUUCUUUGUGCAGAGGAUUUUUUUAGAACUGAUAUUGAAGAAAAAUUGAAAAAUAUUAAUAUAUAAAUUGAUUAAACAGAACAAUUAGAUUCAUAACUAAGUGAUAAGGAAUUAUGUGAUAUGUUAACUUACAUCUAAGAAAAUUCAGAAAUAAGUUGGGAUAAAAUUACAGAAUUUCUUAAUGAGAAUAGAAAAACAAAAUUAGAUGUUGUUUAAGUUCUGAUUAAUUUUUUAAUGCAUCCUUUAAAAAAGUAAUCUUCAAUGAUUCGUUCCUUAGAAGGGUAGGAAUAAUUGUAAAAAUGGACUAUUUAUGAUUUGGCUAGUAAGAUAGCUAGUGAAGAAGUAUUAUUUUUGAAUGUAAAUAUUAGCCUUAAAUAUUUUCGGAUUCUUCAAAUCUUUAUGCUUAUCAUAUAUCUAUAUUUCAUAAACACUUUAAUUAAGUAGAGGAAUCUAAAUAACCUAAUGGUGAAAUAUUAUGCAACGGUAGUCCACAUAAAGAAUUAUUUCAAUAAUAAACAAAUUUAUAAAAUUCAUUAGUAAUUUUUUAUGUAAUAAAAGAAUGACCUAGAUAAAAAUUUAAUUGCACAUUUCAAAGAAGAUUCAAUCAAAAAGGCAGAAUCUGAAAUUGUAAAAGAAGAAUCUAAACUAAAUUAAUGUAUUAAUGCUAUCAUUAAUAUUUAAAUGGAAAAAAUUUAGUAAAAAAUAGCUUUUUUAGAAGAAUACGAAAAGAUUGUCUUAAAUGAAAAAAAUACCUUAGAAUUAUAAUAAGUAUAUGAUAAUUUUAUUAGAUUAAUAGAAAUAGACCCUAGCUGAGAGAUUAAUUGUUGUCUAAUAAAAGCUUUAAAUGUAUAAUGAAGAAAAUAAUUAAUGA